GGGUUUCACUUGUUAUGGGGUCAUGGUGACUGUACAUAUCCACAGGGUUUUUAAAGUGGAUGCUAGUGUUGCUGGAACCCAUAUCUGAAAAUAAUGUCGUACUCUCGGAGGUAUUCCCGCUCACGAUUGCCAUAUAUGAAUGGCCGAUCUGUUUCCCGGUUCUCGUCAAGUUCAAGAAGCCGUUCUAGGAGUUCUGAUUCGAGUGAAGUAGAGAAUCCUGGGAACAAUCUCUAUGUCACUGGUCUAUCUUCUCGGGCUACUAGUAGGGAUCUUGAGAAACAUUUUGCAAGCGAAGGAACGGUGACCGACUGUCACCUUGUUGUUGACCCCCGAACAAGGGAAUCUCGUGGCUUUGGUUUUGUGACAAUGUCUACUGUUGAGGAAGCUGAUAGAUGUCUCAAGUACCUGGAUAGAUCUGUGCUUGAGGGUCGAGUUAUUACUGUUGAGAAGGCGAGACGGAGGAGAGGCAGGACUCCAACUCCUGGCAAGUAUCUUGGUGUGAGAUCGGUCCGAGCUCGUCGCCGUUCUCCGAGUUACUCACCAUACCAUGGCGACCGAUACUCCUCUGAGCGUAAUCGCUCUUACUCCCCUUACGAAAGGCGUGGACGCUCCAACCGUGAUCGUUCCUACUCCCCAUACUACCGAAGAGACCGUUCCUACUCCCCAUAUGACCGUAGGGAUCGCUCAUAUUCCCCUUACUAUAAUAGAAGCAGGCGGGAUCGCUCGUAUUCUCCAUAUGACUAUGAUAGGAGAGAUCAGUCCUGUUCCCCUUAUGAGAGGAGGCGCUCAUAUUCUCGCUACAGCAGCAGGUGUGAUCGCUCUUACUCCCCUUACGAUAGGAGGCGUGGCCGUUCUUAUUCCCCAUGUUAUAGAAGGCACGAUCGCUCUUAUUCCCCAUAUGAUGGAAGGCAUGAUCGCUCUUAUUCCCCAUGUGAUGGAAGGCGCGAUCUCUCUUAUUCCCCAUAUGAUGGAAGGCGCGAUCGUUCCUAUUCCCCAUAUGAUAGAAGGCGCGAUCGCUCCUAUUCCCCUUGUGUUAGAAGGCAUGAUCGCUCCUAUUCCCCAUAUGAUAGAAAGUGUGAUCGUGCGGUGAAUGGGAGCCCCACUACAUGCAGCAUUUCUCGUAGUUUUUUGAGGAGCCGGUCUAGAAGUGUUUCAAGGAGCCCAUCCCGCAGCCGCUUACCCACCCAAAGGAGUGGCACUAGGAGCCGUAGCCCUAGCCCAAGGUCAGGAUCAAGCGAGUAAGAUUGUGAAAACUGAGUAGUUUUGAGCCCUGUGAAUGAUUGCUACUUGGAGAUGUUCAUGUUUUGUUUUUCUUAGCUAGGCAUGGAACGUGUUUAUUAAAUUAUCUAUGAUUGGGUUAGGGUGGUUGGUUCUUUGCUUGGGUUUCUCAAAAAAGUCUAAUAUGGAUUGGAUCGUAUGUAAUCUCAGACACUUGGGCUAUUCUUAUGAUGUCCGUCUGUUUGCUUCAUUCGAUUAUGUUGGAUGAGUGUUUGCUA